CCCCAUCCCCAUCCCCCGCUCGCAGCCGCCGCCGCCGCCCGCGAUGGAGAAGAGCUCCAGCUGCGAGAGCCUCGGCUCCAGGCCGGCUGCAGCCCGCCAGCCCAGCGUGGACUCGCUCUCCAGUGCUUCCACCUCUCACUCGGACCAGUCAGUGCAUACAAAAUCUGCUUCGGUUGUGUCAUCGGAUUCUGUCUCCACCUCCACAGACAACUUUUCUCCAGAUUUGAGGGUCCUGAGGGAGUCUAAUAAAUUGGCUGAAAUGGAAGAACCUCCUUUGUUGCCAGGAGAAACCAUUAAAGACAUGGCCAAAGAUGUGACUUACAUCUGCCCGUUCACUGGAGCUGUAAGAGGAACCCUGACUGUUACAAACUACAGACUAUAUUUCAAAAGCAUGGAAAGGGACCCACCGUUUGUCCUAGAUGCUUCUUUAGGUGUGAUCAACAGAGUGGAGAAAAUUGGAGGUGCUUCCAGCCGUGGUGAGAAUUCUUAUGGACUGGAGAUUGUAUGCAAGGACAUUCGAAACUUACGGUUUGCUCAUAAACCUGAGGGACGAACUAGGCGAUCCAUAUUUGAGAACUUAAUGAAAUACGCUUUUCCAGUAUCCAAUAAUUUGCCCCUUUUUGCAUUUGAAUACAGAGAGGUUUUCCCUGAAAAUGGCUGGAAGGUGUACGAUCCUAUUUUGGAAUACAGAAGACAGGGAAUUCCCAAUGAAAGCUGGAGAAUAACCAAGAUAAACGAGCGCUACGAGCUGUGUGAUACAUAUCCUGCCAUUCUAGUCGUGCCCGUGAAUAUUCCAGAUGAAGAAUUAAAGAGAGUGGCAUCUUUCAGAUCAAGGGGUCGCAUACCAGUUUUGUCAUGGAUUCAUCCCGAAAGCCAAGCUACGAUCACGCGCUGUAGCCAGCCGAUGGUUGGAGUGAGUGGAAAGCGAAGCAAAGAGGAUGAAAAGUAUCUUCAGUCCAUCAUGGAUUCCAAUGCUCAGUCCCAUAAAAUCUUCAUCUUUGACGCAAGGCCUAGCGUUAAUGCGGUAGCCAAUAAGGCUAAAGGAGGGGGUUAUGAAAGUGAGGAUGCCUAUCAGAAUGCAGAAUUAGUUUUCUUGGACAUUCACAAUAUUCAUGUUAUGAGAGAAUCAUUGAGAAAACUGAAGGAGAUCGUAUAUCCUAACAUUGAGGAGACUCAUUGGCUGUCCAAUUUGGAAUCAACUCAUUGGCUGGAACAUAUCAAGCUAAUUCUUGCCGGCGCUCUUCGGAUUGCUGAUAAGGUGGAGUCGGGGAAAACCUCCGUGGUUGUGCACUGCAGCGAUGGCUGGGACCGAACAGCUCAGCUCACUUCUCUGUCCAUGCUCAUUCUCGAUGGCUACUAUCGAACAAUAAGGGGGUUCGAGGUGCUUGUGGAGAAGGAAUGGCUGAGCUUUGGGCACAGAUUUCAGCUGAGAGUUGGCCAUGGAGAUAAAAAUCAUGCAGAUGCAGACAGAUCUCCUGUUUUUCUCCAGUUCAUUGAUUGUGUCUGGCAAAUGACAAGACAGUUUCCUACAGCAUUUGAAUUCAAUGACUGUUUCCUGAUGAUCAUUCUGGACCACCUGUACAGCUGUUUGUUUGGGACGUUCCUGUGUAGCAGUGAGCAGCAGAGGGUGAAGGAGGGCCUUCCAAAAAAGACUCUGUCACUGUGGUCUUACAUCAAUAGCCAACUUGAAGACUUCACUAAUCCCUUGUAUGUGUGUUACGCCAACCAUGUCUUGUAUCCUGUGGCCAGCAUGCGCCACCUAGAGCUUUGGGUGGGAUAUUACAUCAGAUGGAAUCCAAGGAUGAAACCACAGGAACCUGUCCACAGUCGAUACAAGGAACUUCUUGCCAAACGGGCUGAGUUGCAGAAGAAAGUGGAGGAGCUCCAGAGAGAGAUUACCAACCGAUCGACCUCAUCCUCGGAGAGAGCUGGCUCUCCUGCACAGUGUGUCACUCCUGUACAGACAGUUGUAUAAUAUGGACUUCUAUUAAGUAUUUCCCAGGACCACCUUAAAAGGGCAGCUCUAAUAGGAAACCCUUUGAAUUUAGAUCUUGGUGUCUUGGAGGCACCAACUACCUUAUUUAUUACAUUUCUCUCCAGGGUAAUUUAUUAGUACUGUAGCACUAGAGGAAGCUUAAGCUAAAAAAAGGGCAGACCCCUAUGCAAUCUUUUUGGUAGCUAGAUGAUGCUAAAACUAAUUGCACUUGCCAUCUAAAAACAAAACCUAGCGCUCUCACUGGCUUAGCUGUUAGAAAUCAUUUUGCUUUGAAUGAGCGACUACUGCUUGGCAGGAAGUAUUCUGUAAGGAAAGUAUCUACAGAGGAGGAGGAGAACUCUGAAAAUUCUCCACUUUGCUGAAAGGAAACAAAAAGAGACUGAAGUAAGAAAUCAGGCUGCAGUAUUCAUAUCUGAUUCAAAUGUUUAGAAUAUAGCCAUUGAAUAGUUUGACUUAUCAAUGUCAAUAUAGAUAUAACUGUCAGUUGAAUUGUUUUGCCAACGUCUCACUGAAAGACAGAAGCUGAUAGGACCCGAGUAAUAGAAUGCUUUUUACUAUUUAGUUAGAUUGGCUCUUUCCUAUCACUUUGAUAUACAUCGGAGGAAGCUAGGCCAAGUCUGU